AUGACUAGUGUUUGGGAUGUGCCUAGCUGUCCUUGUUAUGUGAUGCGUGAUGAAGACGUGGAGGAGCCCGUGGCUACAGCGCCGUGGAUGUUGGAGUAUAUGAUGGGGUGAAACUGGAAUGUGGUAUAUAUUAUGCAAGACCAUCCGUUUUUACCUAACGCCUUUGCAUCUGUUGAGAUUUGAUAACAUUUCUUUGCAAUUUGGAUCUAACGAUUCUUGAUUUUCUGUCUUGUGGGACAUUUUCUAACAUGGAUAUUUAACCAAUCUGCAGCUAUUGAAAUUUGGAUUUCAGCUCUGUUAUGAAUUAUGAUUUCAUGUGAAAGUACGCUCGGUGUAUAUGUGAUGAUCAGGUCUACGUUCAUGUAAGAAUUACAUCGUUCUGUGUUCAUAUAGUAAUCAGUUCUGUGUCGAUGAGAGUCAGGUCUGUAUCAGUUCUAUAUUCCUGUGAGAAUCAGUUUGAUGACCAGGCGUCAUAUACACUGUACCUCUAACAUAGACCAUGUCGCGAACUCACGAUAAAGACACAUCUCCGUCAUCUACCAUGGCACAGCCUCAGAGCCUUUCGCCCCAGUCCAGGCUGGGCUCUCAGGAUACCAGUCCCCAGUCGAGGGAGUCAAACCCGUUUCGCAAAGCCCCCGCGCCUGCUUCUAGGGAAACCAACCCUUCCUCAAGGGAGAGUCCGGGCAGCCGCGGUGGCAGUUCCUGGGGCAUCAUGGCGCACGUGUACGAGCGCGUGCUGCACAUCAUCAACAAACCCCCCACAGAGAGGGGGGACAGUGAGAUAGACACCAUCCUACCCUGGUUCAGGAAGAAAGCCGAACUGUUCAAGGAGCUGAAAACAGAAAUAUUGCUGGAUAUUGUCAGACAAAUGUCAGCGAUCAUCAGACAAGGCGACAAGGGAGACAAGUUCUACAUCAUUCUCACCGGCACUGUCAGCGUUCACAUCAACACCAACCUCGUCGAAGACGACUUCGAGUCCAUCAAACAGAAACAAUUAGAUGAAGAGGCUAAUGUUAUUGCUUCCGAGGGGUUCAAGUCUCUGGACAGGUCUAAAUAUGGAACCUACAUGGCCAAGAUACCGGCUGGUAAGAGUUUCGGCGAACUUGCGCUCAUCAGAGCCGACAGUGUCCGCAACGCCACCAUCAUCGCCGACGAGACGACGGAUUUGUUGAUGGUGAACAGAGACCUGUACAACAGAUCACUGCACGCAUAUCAGGCCCAAGAGUUCGAGAAGAAGUACGGUUUUGUGGACGACUACCCACUAUUCUCGGGCUGGAACCCUCGAUACAAGAGGAUGGUCGCUAUGAGUCUGGUGAAGAGGAGUCUUAAGUUUGAAGACACAGUCAUCAAACAGGAUACCUCCGUAGACGGUCUUCAUUUCAUAAUCAGCGGGCAGGUGAAGAUCGUGGUGGACCCGAGUCUCCACCCCGUCCAGUACCCCACCCUGUUUCCCAAGGGUGACAUCGCAGCGCUGGAGAGGGAGAAGGCCAGAGAACUACUCCGGAGGGAGAUGAACCUGGAGAAGAGUAAGGCAGUUGACAAGAAAGUGACUUAUCAGAAACGGAAACAGCCUCAACAAGAUGGCAAAAAGACGGCGAUCCGCCAUCUUGAACUUUGCCUCAUGGGAGCUGUCGACGUCAUAGGUGACUUAGAGAUGGCGCUAGGUCUCUCGACGUAUGCUGAAAGCGUCAUCUGCACACAGGAAGCAGAAGUGUAUCAACUUGACCAGAGGAACUACGACCGCUUGAUUGAGCGGAGGAACCCGAAUGCCAUCAAGUUGAUGAAGAACAUCGUCCACACCAAGUUGAGCCUCCACUUCUCCAGACUGAGCGAGGAGAAGCUUCCUCUCUUCCGCUACUUCCUCUACACACUUGACGAGAAGGAGAAGAGGGACAACCAAACAGAGCAGACAGCUGCCUCGGAGAAACCGAACGAGCCAGGUUGGAAGGUGGCCAGUCUUCAGAAAGGACCACUGGUCAACCUGUUCGGACCGGGCAGCGUCUUCUACAUGAUCAGAAUGAGAGAGAAAGAGAAGAAAAGACGUACCCAGAGACCCAAACAGUUCGGGGGUUCAAAGUUCGGGGUCACAUCGCAGUCAAAGUUUACGUUUGGCGCUCGCGCUUUGCCUGAAGUUGGCAAGUCGAAAGCGAAUACCCAGGAGGAUUAUGGAGGCUUGCCCCAUCCGGAGAUGUCCUUAACACAUAAUCCUUUUAUAACAGAACCAGGGAAAACCCCAACUCCCACCUUCCAGAACGCUCAGUUUCCUCCUAAGAUAACGUACCAGACUGCUGAUGAUGAUCCGGAGGACCUUCUCCAGGACGCCACCUUGUUUCAGGUCAAUGACAACAAGGGCAGAGAAUCCACCGGCAGUGGGCAGACGUUGUCGCCGAUGUUGGCGGAGGAUGCCGACAGUGGGGAUGAGGCGGCGUUGUCAAUCGGAGACGUGGCGUUAACUCGGUUGGAGGAGAGGAUACAGGCUUGGCACAGCAGCUUGGACGACCCGGAGACGCGGUCAGCAGGGGUGAAGAGAGCGGUCAAGCUGCACAGAUAUCAAGGGGUGUUGCAGGAUGAGCGGAAGCCAAGGCCUGGCAACAAAGUUCACAUGAGAAUGAGGGAUACGACCCGGAGCGUCGCCUUCUACACUUACCGCUGCGACGACGACGAUGUGACGUCCGACGUUGAUGUGAGGAACAGGGCGUACUCAACCAUGGCAGGUUCUCCGAUGUCAAGUACCCGGAUAUAUGACCUAGUUUCUGAAGUGGACCCUAAUCCAGAGUCCAACAAAAAACUCCGAAAGUCCGCCCAUUCUAGCACUGGUCGGAAUUCACGACGCCGAUUCGUAGAAAAGAAACCGAAGAAGCAGUACACUGUGGAGGAGUACAUGGCACUAAAGGAAGAACUACGUCGCCGACAGAUACAGUACAGAUCCUUCCUCCCUCAAAGAACUUCUUACACCGUGUUUUAGUUGUUGAACCCGUGGCGCCGCUGCGUUGUGGCGCUGUGACGGAGUUCUGUUAGCGAGCCCUUAGGAUGGUGUGACGGGUUACCAGCUGGCGGCAGUAGGGCCGUCAACCGUGUGCUUGCGGCCUGGGGUCACGUGCACGAACGUGGGUGAAUAUGUGCAGGCCGACGUCUGCAGACUUGGAAGAAUAGGUGUACUACAAAUGACCGCUUUGAAAUUACAUCCAAUAUAUAUUCCAACUCGUAGUAAACGUAGUAAAAGAGAGUGGUCAGUUUAACCACAUGUGGCGUGAUAUUGUGAUUUGUCCCAGUCCAGAUGGUCAUUUGUGAGAUGGUAUUGACACCGAACUCAUUAGCAUCACUGUCCCGUCAUGACGACGAAGGGCCGAAGGUCAAAUGUCCAGUUUGAGUGGACACUGUCAGUAUUACUGAUGCAGCAUUAUUUUCUAUACAUAUAUAUCUAUAUACAUACUUUAUACUACCUGGACCUUUAUCUCUGCAGCA